AUGGCAGUAGAAACAUCGUCCGUAGCGGAUCUCGUGGUUCAGUUGCAUUCAAAUAUCGAUUCAAUACAUAAAUGUGUCGAAUCUUUGUCUGAUACCAAAGGCCAUGAUGAGUUGAUGGAACAGUUGGAGACGCAGCGGGAAGCGGAACUCGAAGCUCUCAGAACCAAGCACGAGAAUGACGCACAAGAACUUGCUGUACAAAGAGCCAAACUACAGCAGGAAUUAGAAGACCAGCGAAGGAGGGAAGAGGAAGAGCUAAUUGAACGGAGAAGGAGAGAAGAUGAAGAACGGAGAGCAAAUAUUGAGAGGGAAGAGGAGGCACGACGACGCGUGGCGGCUGAAGAAGACGGGCUCCGGAAACUACACUUGGAAGAGGAACAGAAGACUUUGCAUAUGAGCGUCGAGGAGAAGUUGGAGCAGUUGGACGAUGAGAUGGAGAAAAAAGUGGAGGACGGGAAGAGGAUGCUUCAGGAAUUGGAUGAGAAGAGAAAGGCAAUCAACGCACAAAUCGACGCAGCGCUCAAUAAACCGACUGUCAUCCCGGUGAUUAAUUUCCGAAGCAGAGCAAAGACGCUUAGACAACCUGCAAAAUCCAGCCCCGAUAUGCCACUCCAAGUGGAACCAUCUAUAGAAGCUAAAGAUGCCGAACACACAGAUGGAGCGGAGCCAGUGAUCAACGGAGCAGCCCAUCAACCUUCAAAUUCAAAAGCGGGAGGUUCGGACACCGUAGAGAGUGUAGCCCUCAAGGUACAAGAAUCAUCCGACGAGGAUACUCGUCAAGUGAGUCCAGCUGAACAUACGGUCGAACACCAAGCUGAGACGCAGACACCGAUUGAAGAUGUGAGCGAGACUCAAGAGAACAAGGAAACCACCGUCGCCUCCGAAGUCAAUGGCGCUGUAACAUCUGAUGUGGAUGAAAAUACAACCACGGAUUACACGCAUGAUGAAUCUGAGCACGUGGGUCAGAAUAAACCUGGCGCCGUGUCAGCUGCUGAGAUCGAGGAGCCAGAGCACCCAUCAAAGUCGACUAAUAUCGCUCAAUAUGAGGAAAGUUUCGACGACUCUCAAGAGGCGGCACAAGCCCCUUCGACAGUGGAAGAACUCAACGUAGGGGCUCAAGAACCUUUAGGGCAUGAAAAUUUUCCCGCUCAUGGAGGAGACCAGCCAAUUGCCGAAGCACAGCGCGGCAAUGAAGAUGUUCUAAAUGAUUCCCCUCGGAACGAUGAAAGUCCAACUGGACCUUUCAUAACGACCGAAGAUAUCUCGAAAAUUGAUGGAUCCUCUCCUAAUGAUAAGUCUUUCAGCCAUGAAGGUAUCUUGAGCAAUGAAAUUACAACCAGCCAGGAAAAGCUUAACUGCCAAACUGCCCCAAAAGAUGUGGAAGUAGAUAAUCAGAUAUCUAUCGACACUUCUCUUAACCAUGAACAAUCCUCAGACAACGGAUCGGUAAUAUUCUAUGACGAGCACUCAAGUCCAACUGAGUCAGCAGCCCACGAAACCACUCCUGCUGAAAUCGAACAGUCUCCAAUCCCUAGGCAUGGCCUAAAUGAUGAGAAGUCUGUAACUGCUGAAACCUCCUCAGUCGAUGAAGAGCCAUUGAUUAGGGAAGAAUAUAAAAUUUACCACGAUUCAAUGCAAGAAAGCGAGGAAGUUGCUGAGGAAACCCUCAACCGUGAGCAGCCUCAAGAUUUUGACGGCUCCGUGUCUUACGAGGGAUCGGUAGUGACCGCUCGAGAGAAUAUUUCAUCGGAUGAAGAUGAUAUUCCACUAGAAGAAAAGGAAGGCAGGAUCCCUGACGACUUUGUUGAGGAAAAGGACGAGAGCAAUGGAGGGGAUCACAGUUCUCUUCUGCAAGAGAAUAUAGUAGCUGCGGAAAGCAAAUCGAUUGGGGUAUCAGCUACGGAGGAGCUUACAGAAAUCUCAAGUGAUAAUGGUUUCAAGAAUGAUUUGGUCCAAGAGAGGGGGGAUGUGACGGAGACAGAGGGUUUGCAGCCCGAGAGUGGCCAUAAAGAGCCAGCAACUCCGGAUAUAGACAGCGAGGAGGCUGAUGGCUCCAUCACACCAACGGCACCGGAAACUAUAUCUGAGCGUCCUGCCACGCCAGUGGCAAACAUGUCUAACCAAACCAACUCUCAAAAUAUUGAGGAAUCACCUGCUACCGUGUUGAAUACCGAUGAUCUCUUUGCAGAUGACGAUGACGAAGAGGACCAACCAGAGGAACAUCCUGAAGAAGCCGCGGCACAUACAACCCAUUCCAAAUCCCUAGAAAGUAUGCCGGAUUUAUCUAAUGGCCACGAGCAAGCCCCUGAAAACGCUGCAAUACAAGCAGCUUCUAAAACAUUAGAAGCAGUACUACAAGACAAUGCCGUUGAUCGAAGUCCAGUUACAGUCCAGCAGUCAAGAGCAGAUCAUCCCAGUCCAGGAGGAGUUUUCGCUUCACUCGUUGAUGCAAUCAGACCGGAUAUAUCAUUAGUGAGGGAACUUGGCGACACCUCCAACCAGGCUCCUCAUGACCAGUCUACAAGCCAAGCUGAUCGCUAUGACUUCAGCCAUAAUGCACCAAAUGGAACCGUUCAGGACGAGUAUUUAUCAGACGAGGAAAGCCUCCUCCAUCACGCCGCCCCUUCGAACCCCUCAAAAUACCCAGCACUUCACGAGAGCGAUGUCACAUUCCACAUCCGAACCCACACAGCAGAUACCGUUCCAUCAUUUGAAACGUACGCUCAUUCUGACGAUGCAGACUCUACACCAACCACCCCCAUCGAUGAAAUUCUCGACAUUGCCCAGGAAGUUCUUCAGAACGAGCAUCUGAUUUCGUCUUCCUGGCCAGAGGGCCGAAGCGGGGUUGUCCAUAUGCACGAGCAGGAGCAGGACUUGAAAUCCCAAGCCUCUCCUUUACAGGCAGGUUUUGAGCCGUAUAGCCCGAGACUGUACAGUGGAGUUGUUACGCCGAAAUCAAGUCGCGUAGACUUGAACAGCCAAGAAAGCCCCGAAAGCAUGAUUCAUAGCUCUCCUGAAGUAACUAAGGAUCAGGAGUACGAUUUAUCGAAGGCAACUAGAACUCCUGGCCUCCCAGCUCUCGAUACAUCCCAAUCACCGCACUCCCUCGACGACGGGUAUUACGACCCUCCGCUCUCCAAAACACAUUCGCUACAUGAAGAUCAACCCAGCGUUGAGGCUAGCGCCGAUCGGAAUCCCAUAACCUCCCCAUCUCUACCAAAUAGCAGCUUCUUCCAGCGUACCCGCUCCCUUUUUGAGUCCUCCUCCGCUCAGGCAGUGCGAUCUGUUCCAUCCGCGGCUAGUCUUUCGAAACUAGUAGGAGUAGGUUCCGCGGGGUUAAAGGACAGUAUACACAACCCUGCGCGUGAGGAGAAAGCGCCUUUACUUGGCGGCGCAGAUGGGGAUGGGUAUUGA